AUGGACAGCUCCGGCCAUGACCCGCAGGAGAUGAAUAACACCUGGGUGGUCCUGCGGGCGGGCUGCGACCCUGCGGUGACCCGGGACCUCAGAGUGCUGCGCAACCUGCGGUACGUGGAGCAGACCUCUUCCUCCUCCUCCUCUUCCUCCUCCUCCUCCUCCUCGGGCUGGGAGCAGACAGACAUCCAGCCGCACAUGAGGAGGAUCCUGACAGAGUGGAUGCUGCAGGUGUGUGAGGACCAGCAGUGCGAGCGGGAGGUGUUCCCGCAGGCCGUGCGCUACCUGGACUCCUACCUGGCUCAGUUCACCGUGGAGAAGGUCAACCUGCAGCUUUUAGGGGCCGUCUGCAUGUUUCUGGCCUCCAAAAUGAGAGAGCUGGUCCCUCUGACUGCCAGCAAGCUGUGUGUCUACACCGACAACUCUGUUUCAGUCGCAGACAUCCUGCAGUGGGAGGUGGCGGUGGUGUCCAGGUUGGACUGGUGUCUGGCCUCUGCGGUGCCCUCUGACUUCCUGGAGCCGAUUCUUCACGCUCUCCCUUUUGUUCAAAGCCUCCACCAUUCCAAAAUGCGCAGGCACGUUCACUCCUACAUUGCUCUGACGGCCAUAGAUGACAGGGUUUCGGUUUUCCAGCCCUCCGCUGUUGCGUGUGCCUGCGUGAGGAUUGCCAUGCAGAGGCUGAGGCUGUUGGACGCUGCCGUCACGUCGCACUCGGUGACAAAGUUCCUGGCCAGCCUUUUGGCCAUCGAUCUGAGUACAGUCCUCCUCUGCUGUGACCAGCUGGGGAGUGUGGUGGAGCUCAGCCUGCCCUCCUGCUUCCUGGACAGAUCAGGAGCUCCCGGGUCAGGGGUCGGCUCCUCCUCCGCUGAGAUCUAGGAUGUU